CUCCCAUCCUGGUCGAUGGGGCACCUGGUGCUCCAGACCUCAGGCCAGGAGCCCAGCCCCGGGUCUGGAGGGAGGGGAUGGCCAGACGGAGCUCAUCCUGUCCCCGCAGAUGGCCGAGGCAGAAGCAGUGCAGCUGAAGGAGGAGGGCAACCGGCAUUUCCAGCGCCAGGACUACAAGGCCGCAGCAAAGAGCUAUAGCCAAGCCCUGAAGCUGACCAAGGAUAAGGCCCUCCUGGCCACGCUCUAUCGGAACCGGGCAGCCUGUGGCCUGAAAACGGAGAGCUAUGUUCAGGCGGCUUCAGAUGCCUCAAGAGCCAUCGACAUCAACUCCUCGGACAUCAAGGCUCUGUAUCGGCGAUGCCAGGCACUGGAGCACCUGGGGAAGUUGGCCCAGGCCUUCAAGGAUGUGCAAUGCUGUGCCACCCUGGAGCCACGGAACCAAAACUUCCAGGAGACGCUGAGGAGGCUCAACACCAGCAUCCAGGAGAAGCUCCGUGUGCAGUUCUCCACAGACUCGAGGGUACAGAAGAUGUUUGAGAUUCUCCUGGAUGGAAACAGUAAAGCUGAUAAGCUGGAGAAGGCGGCCAACAACCUCAUUGUUCUCAGCCGUGAGGAAGCAGGGGCCGAGAGGAUCUUCCAGAACAACGGUGUGGCCCUGUUGCGGCAGCUUUUGGACACUAAGAGGCCUGAGCUGAUGUUGGCUGCAGUACGGACCCUGUCGGGCAUGUGUAGUGGCCACCGAGCUAGGGCCACAGCGAUUCUCCAUGCAGUCCGGAUAGACCGAAUCUGCAGCCUCAUGGCCGUGGAGAAUGAAGAGCUGCCUCUGACCGUCUGCAACCUGCUCCAGGCCAUCAUCGACGCUCUGUCAGGGGAGGACAAGCGAGAGCAUCGAGGGAAGGAAGAGGCCCUGGUUCUGGACACUAAGAAGGACCUGAAGCAGAUCACCAACCACCUGCUUGACAUGCUGGUCAGUAAGAAGGUGUCUGGCCAGGGCAGGGAUCAGGCCCUGAACCUGCUCAAUAAGAACGUCCCCAGGAAGGACCUCGCCAUUCACGACAACUCACGUACCAUCUAUGUGGUGGAUAACGGCCUGAGGAAGAUCCUGAAGGUAGUGGGGCAGGUUCCAGAUCUGCCGUCCUGCUUGCCCCUGACUGACAACACCCGAAUGCUGGCCUCUAUCCUCAUCAACAAGCUCUAUGACGAUCUGCGCUGUGACCCGGAGCGUGAUCACUUCCGCAAGAUCUGCGAGGAGUACAUCACGGGCAAGUUUGACCCCCAGGACAUGGACAAGAAUGUGAUUGCCAUCCAGACGGUGUCAGGGAUCCUGCAGGGCCCCUUUGACCUGGGCAAUCAGCUGCUGGGACUGAAAGGAGUUAUGGAGAUGAUGGUGGCUCUGUGCGGCUCAGAGCGUGAAGCAGACCAGCUGGUGGCCGUGGAGGCCCUCAUCCAUGCCUCCACCAAGCUCAGCCGUGCCACAUUCAUCAUCACCAACGGCGUGUCACUGCUCAAAGAGAUCUACAAGACCACCAAAAACGAGAAGAUCAAGAUCCGCACACUGGUGGGACUCUGUAAACUUGGCUCUGCUGGCGGCACAGACUAUGGUCUCAGGCAGUUUGCAGAAGGGUCGACAGAGAAGCUGGCCAAACAGUGCCGCAAGUGGCUGUGCAACACGUCCACAGAUACCCGGACCCGGCGAUGGGCAGCGGAGGGCCUGGCCUACCUCACGCUGGACGCCGACGUGAAGGAUGACUUUGUUCAGGACAUCCCUGCCCUGCAGGCCAUGUUGGAGCUGGCCAAGGCGAGUACCCCUGACAAGACCAUCCUGUACUCGGUGGCCACCACCCUGGUGAACUGUACCAACAGCUACGACGUCAAUGAGGUCAUCCCAGAGCUGGUGCAGCUGGCCAAGUUCUCCAAGCAGCACGUGCCCGAGGAGCACCCCAAGGACAAGAAGGACUUUGUGGACAUGCGGGUGAAGCGGCUUCUGAAGGCCGGUGUCAUCUCAGUGCUGGCCUGCAUGGUGAAAGCCGACAAUGCCAUCCUCACUGACCAGACCAAAGAGUUGCUGGCCAGGGUAUUCCUGGCACUGUGUGACAACCCAAAGGACCGAGGUACCAUCGUGGCUCAAGGUGGUGGCAAGGCCCUGAUUCCCCUGGCUUUGGAGGGCACAGACGUGGGCAAGGUGAAGGCAGCCCAUGCUCUAGCGAAGAUCGCUGCAGUCUCCAAUCCGGACAUCGCCUUCCCUGGGGAGCGGGUGUACGAAGUAGUGCGGCCCCUUGUGAGUCUCCUCAACACACAGAGGGAUGGGCUCCAGAACUAUGAGGCUCUCCUAGGCCUCACCAACCUGUCUGAGCGGAGUGACAAACUCCGGCAGAAGAUCUUUAAGGAGAAGGCCUUGCCAGAUAUUGAGAACUACAUGUUUGAGAACCAUGACCAGCUGCGGCAGGCAGCCACAGAGUGCAUGUGCAACAUGGUGGUGAACAAGGAGGUACAGGAGAGGUUCCUGGCUGAUGGGAAUGACCGGCUGAAGCUGGUGGUGCUGCUCUGCGGAGAGGAUGAUGACAAGGUGCAGAAUGCGGCUGCGGGGGCCCUGGCCAUGCUGACAGCAGCACAUAAGAAACUGUGCUUCAAGAUGACUCAAGUGACGACUCAGUGGUUGGAGAUACUACAGCGGCUUUGCUUGCACGACCGGCUGUCAGUUCAACACCGGGGCCUGGUCAUUGCCUACAACCUGCUGGCGGCUGAUGCUGAGCUGGCCAAGAAGCUGGUGGAGAGUGAGUUGCUGGAGAUCCUGACUGUGGUGGGCAAACAAGAGCCGGAUGAGAAGAGGGCAGCAGUGGUUCAGACAGCUCGGGAAUGUCUCAUCAAAUGCAUGGAUUAUGGCUUCAUUAAACCAGUGUCUUAGACAGGGCCCAGAGGGAUGCUGGGGCUGCUCCUGUUCUGUGCAGAGUUCUGAGCUAAGAACUCACUCCUGGGGUGUCAGUUCAGCUAGGGAUCAUAGCAGCGACAACGAAGUCUCCAUAUAAAAGAAGGACUUGAUUGUCCCCUGAGUUGUGAAUCUCCCCCUUUGCUCUAGGAAAGUUUGCAUGUUUCAUUAGCUCUCUUGUUCCUUACAUCUGUCAUGUUCCCAAAAUUCCUAGAAUAAUUUUCAUCUGUGAUUAGGAAGACAGGUUGGAUAAUUCUCUCUGUACCCAUUCCAAAGUCCAGGAUAAUGGGCUGAAGUUCUUUAUGUUUUGGAAAAUGGAUUGUGUGGUAAAGUAGGAACUAACAGGUGUGUGAAUAUAAACGUUAGUGCUGGUGUAUCUGGAUGCUGAUCUGUGCUGUUUUUUAUAUCGUCUCUCCCAUGCUGUUUGAAUAAGGCUGCCUAGAACUGCAUGUUUCAGCUGUAGUGCCCUGUCCCAGCCCCAUGUCCAUUCCCAUCACUGGAAGUACAGUUUAUGUUCAAGAGUAUGACAUGAUUUUUGCAAUCUGCUUGGGGCAAUCUUCUAAGCAAGAUGUAUGUGAUGAAUAUAAAUAAGAUUGACUCAUAGUACUUUAAGCAAAAAAAAAAAGAAUUCAUUGGUUCAUAUAUCUUGUCAAUGCAGGGAAAGGUCUGACAUUGUUAGAACCAGGGCUCAAAUGUUGUCAUCAAUAUUCUUUUCCGUGUGAGGACUUUUAUCUCUCUGUCAUCCCCCGUGUCAUAUCUUGGUUUUAAUUUCCUCUGGGCUGGGCUUAAUUUCUGGCAAGCUCUUUUCAUGUGGUGGGAAAGAUAGUGCCCAGAAGCUCCAGACUUCCAUGUUUGUUUGUUUUUUUGCCCGUGGUUUGUGGGAUUUUAGUUCCCCGACCAGGGAUCGAACCCUGGCCCUCAGCAGUGAAAGUAAGGUGUCCUAACCACUGGACCGCCAGGGAAUUCCCACAUAGUUGUUAUAGCUCAUAAUCAUGGAAGAGAAGAGAGAGGACCAUUCUUAAUAACCCAUCAAAAUUCCCAGAGAUAACUCUGAUAUGUGUAGCUUGUAUCACAUUUCCAUAUAUCACAUCAACAGCAUGAAGAAGAAAAAUAAUAUGAUUAUUUCAAUAGAUGCAGGGAAGACAUUUGAUAAAAUUAAACAACUCAUGAUAAAAAAUUCCAGUAAACUAAAAUUAGGAGACUUCAUUAGUCUGAUAAAGAUUAUCUACAUAAAGGCUACAGCCUAAAUGAUAUCUAAUGAUCCCCCUGAGAUUAAGAAUGAGACACGGGACGUCCCUGGUGGCGCAGUGGUUAAGAAUCCUCCUGCCAAUGCAGGGGACACAGGUUCAAUCCCUGGUCCAGGAAGAUCCCACAUACCAUGGAGCA